AAGAAACGCAAAUUGAACGCAAAACGAAACGAAUUGUAACGAUACCUAAACGAAACAAAGUGAAAACGAAACGAUAACAGCAGCGCGAUAACAACGAUAGCUGCGAUAAAAUGCACUCCAGCUCACAAUCGACGCUGAAGCGCACACAGCAGCUGGUGCGGCAAACGAAUGGCGGCCGAGGCGACAUCCUUAGCAGCGGCAGCGAAGUGGUCCACUCCUCCCGCGGUCCGCCCAUCACCACCAACAUCGAUGACUCCAGUCUCCGGUACCGCCAUGAAACGAAACGGGAACGGACCGUCGAGGCUGUAAUUACGGACUAUCCGAGAGGGUCGCCUCUGGGCAGCGCGAGCGGACCCCACGAGCGCACCAACUUUGAGCGUACGGUGACCUUCCAGGAUGCGGCCGGCAAUGGCAGGCGCAUCUCGGAUAGUCGGGCUUUGGUCCCCUCGGGCGGGAACACGACGCAGGCGGGCAGCAGCAGCAGCUACCAGCAGGUGACGCGCAACAAGCGCAUCUCCACCGAAGUGCUGGGCUCCAGCGUGGAGAGCACCAAGACAUCGCAACGCGCACCAAAUGGCCAUCGCCGCGUGACCACGCACAUUGUCCGCAAGGUGACCACGCUGAGCCGUGCCGAGGAGAACGCUCAGCCCGCUGAGGAUCUGCUGCCGCCAGCCAAAAUGAUACGCAGCUCAGAGCUGGAGUAUCGACGCGCUCUGCCCGCCCCAUUGGCCAUUGAGUCGUCAUCCACGCAGCGCAGAGAGAUCUCCGAUAUUGUUGUGGGCAAGGAGGACAACGUAUCCGCACGUGAGGCUUUGCUGCGAUGGGCACGCCGCUCCACGGCUCGGUAUCCGGGCGUGCGUGUAAACGAUUUCACAUCGUCGUGGCGGGAUGGAUUGGCCUUCUCGGCUCUGGUGCACCGCAACCGACCGGACUUGCUUGACUGGCGAAAGGCAAGGAACGAUCGGCCACGUGACCGCCUAGAGACGGCCUUCCACAUUGUGGAGAAGGAGUAUGGAGUGACGCGUCUAUUGGAUCCCGAGGAUGUGGACACCAACGAGCCGGAUGAGAAGUCUCUGAUCACGUACAUCUCGUCGCUGUACGAUGUGUUCCCGGAGCCACCCUCGAUCCAUCCACUGUUCGACAUGGAGUCACAACGCCGCGUGCACGAAUACCGCGAUUUGGCCCAGCAGUUCAUCUACUGGUGCCGGGAGAAGACCGCCUAUCUGCAGGAGCGCUCCUUCCCGCCCACGCUCAUCGAGAUGAAGCGUCUGCUGAGCGAUCUGCAGCGCUUCCGCAGCGAGGAGGUGAGCGCCCGCAAGCGGGAAAAGUCCAAGCUCAUUCAGAUCUACAAGGAGCUGGAGCGGUACUUCGAGACGGUGGGCGAGGUCGAUGUGGAGGCCGAAUUGCGGCCGGAUGCCAUCGAGAAGGCCUGGUACCGCAUGAAUACGGCCCUGCAGGAUCGCGAGGUGAUACUGCAGCAGGAAAUUGAGCGCUUGGAGCGGCUGCAGCGUCUCGCGGACAAGGUGCAGCGCGAAAUCAAGCAUGUGGAUCAAAAGCUAACAGAUCUGGAGACACGGAUCGUGGAAGAGGGUCGCCGCAUCGAGCGGCUGCAUCCCGUCGAUGCCAAGAGCAUUGUGGAAUCCCUCGAGACGGAGAUCCGGCAUCUGGAGGAGCCCAUACAGGACAUGAACCAGGACUGCCAUGUGCUUAACGAGGGCCGCUAUCCCCAUGUGAGCGAGCUGCACAAGAAGGUCAACAAACUGCACCAACGCUGGGCUCAACUACGCACCAAUUUCCACACGAACCUGGUACAGAAGCUGUCCGGUUUGAAGUAUCCCGUCCAUGAGACGACUGUCACGCGUCAAACGCGCAUGGUCGUCGAGUCCCGUCAGAUCGACACGAAUCCCCAUUUCCGCGACCUGCAGGAGCACAUCGAAUGGUGCCAGAACAAGCUAAAACAACUGCUUGCCGCUGACUAUGGCAGCGAUUUGCCAUCGGUAAAGGAGGAACUGGAUCGUCAGCAGCACGAGCACAAGAUCAUCGAUCAGUUCCACUCGAAAAUACUCAAUGACGAGCGCCAGCAGACCAAAUUUACCGGCGACGAGCUCAAUCUCUACCAGCAGCGGCUCAAUCAGCUGCAAAAGGUCUACGCGGAGCUGCUCAGCACCUCGACGAAGCGUCUGUCCGAUCUGGACUCGCUGCAGCAUUUCCUGGGCCAGGCCUCGGCGGAGCUACAGUGGCUCAACGAGAAGGAACAGGUGGAGAUCACGCGCGACUGGGCGGACAAACAACUCGAUCUGCCCUCCGUGCACAGAUACUAUGAGAACCUUAUGUCCGAACUGGAGAAGCGUGAGAUGCACUUUGCCACCAUCCUGGACCGUGGGGAGGCACUGCUCAAUCAGCAGCAUCCGGCCUCCAAGUGCGUGGAGGCCCAUCUGACGGCCCUGCAACAGCAGUGGGCCUGGCUGCUGCAGCUGACGCUAUGCCUGGAGGUGCACCUGAAGCAUGCCACCGAGUACCAUCAGUUCUUUGGGGAGAUCAAGGACGCCGAACAGUGGCUGGCCAAGCGCGACGAGAUACUCAACAGCAAGUUCUCGCAGUCCGACUUUGGCCUGGAUCAGGGUGAGACGCUGCUGCGUGGCAUGCAGGAUCUGCGCGAAGAGCUGAACGGCUUUGGCGAGACGGUGGCCACACUGCAGCGUCGCGCACAGACGAUUGUGCCGCUGAACAAGCGCCGCCAACCGGUGAACCGUCAGGGACCUGUGCAGGCCAUCUGUGCGUACAAGCAACAAGGACAGCUGCAGAUCGAAAAAGGCGAAACGGUGACCCUGCUGGACAAUUCGGGUCGUGUGAAGUGGCGCGUGAGGACGGCCAAGGGACAGGAGGGCUCUAUACCUGGUGCCUGUCUGCUUCUGCCGCCGCCCGACCAGGAGGCCAUCGAUGCUGCCGAGCGUCUGAAGCGUCUCUUCGAUCGAUCCGUGGCCCUGUGGCAGAAGAAGCAUCUGCGCCUGCGCCAGAACAUGAUCUUUGCCACCAUUCGCGUGGUGAAGGGCUGGGACUUCGACCAGUUCCUGGCCAUGGGCCCCGAACAGCGUACGGCCAUCAGGCGUGCCCUGAACGACGACGCAGACAAAUUGCUCAGCGAGGGCGAUCCGAACGAUCCGCAGCUGCGUCGCCUGCGACGCGAAAUGGACGAGGUCAAUCGAUUGUUCGAUGAGUUCGAGAAGCGUGCUCGCGCCGAAGAGGAGAGCAAGCAGGCCAGCCGCAUCUUCACCGAGGAGUGCAUUGCCAUCAAGGGCAAGCUGGAGGAUAUGGCCCGGGAGUUGGAUCAGAUUAUACUGGCGCCACUGCCGCGUGAUCUGGACUCUCUGGAGCAUGUGCUCGAGAUCCAUGGCGACUAUGAGCGCAGGUUGCACUUGCUCGAGCCGGAGCUGAAGCAUCUGCAGGAGACAUUCCGCACGAUUGCCCUGAAGACGCCCGUGCUGAAAAAGUCGCUGGACAAUCUGAUGGAGCUCUGGAAGGAGCUGAACACGCAGAGCGGUCUGCACAAGGAUCGAUUGAAGCUGCUGGAGGCCUCGCUGGCCGGACUCGAGGACAACGAGCAUGUCAUUUCCGAGCUCGAGAACGAGCUGGCCAAGCACCAUGACCUUCCCUCGACGGCCGAGGGCCUGCAGCAGGUGUUCAAGCAACUGACUCACAUGCAGGACAUCAUUACACAGCAGCAGCCGCAGAUGGACAAGAUGAACGAUGCUGCCGAUCAGCUGGGACGCAUGGGUGUGCCCACCAAGGUGCUGGGCGAUCUCAAGCGUCUGCACUCGAACGUGGAGCGCCUGAACACGCGAUGGAGUGCGGUCUGCAAUCAGCUGGGCGAAAGAAUGCGCUCAUGCGAGACGGCCAUUGGGCUGAUGAAGAAUCUCCAAUCGAGCGUGCAAGUCGAGGAAUCAUGGGUGGAUGGCACCACAGAGCGUCUCUCUGCCAUGCCCACGGCCACCUCGGCCUACGAACUAGACAAACUGCUUGGAGCUGCAAUCGAACGAAAACCAAAAAUCGAAAAUGUCAACGUGGCUGGAGGACGACUGAUACGCGAAGCUAAGAUCUACGACAGUAAAUGCCUACGCUUUGUGGAUUGGCUGCUGGAGGCACGUCCAUCGUUCUCGCCGCCACGUCGUGACCUGCGGCCGGCGGACAGCGAUCCGGGUGCCACACAGUAUUAUAGCCAACGUUUGGACAAUCUCAAUACGAAAUACGACAGGUUGCUGGAACAACUGUCGCAGCGGCUGAAAACGGCAAUCGAAGUCAAUGGCAGCGAUGGUCUGCAAUACGCUGAGAGUCUACAGAAACCGCUCAAGACCUUUAGGGUUGACUUCAGUGCGGGCAGCGUGCCAACUGGCGAUGGCCAUGCUGCACGUCCGGAGGAUCUCUACACGACUACCUACAGCACCACACAAUUCAGCUCAACGAAGACAACGAAAAGCUCCUCGAAGAGCAUCUACAGCAGCGACAACUUGGAUGCCGCUAGUCAGGAGUUGGGGGAUGCUUCCCCCGUUCCCCCAAUCGGUACGCAGAUCCAGUUCAAUGAGAUCCGUACGCUGAAGCGUUCCCAGCAACUGGGCGGCAACUCGGUGCUGGAUAUUGCCGGUAUACGCGAUCCACUUACGGGCCGUGUCCUUACCAUUGGGGAGGCCAUUCAGCUGCGCAUUCUGGAUGUGCGCACCGGCGAGAUGCUGGUGGGCGAUCGUCGGAUCACCCUGGAACAGGCCGCCGAUCAGGAACUGAUUGAUGCCCAGCUGGCCAGGCAGCUGCUGCAGCCGGGAGCAGGACGCGAUCCCAGCGGAAGGGAGCUGUCGCUGCUCGAGGUGAUCCAGCGCGAGAUCAGCGAGGCAGAGUCCGGCUACGAGACGGCGGAGAAGCGCAUCAAGGUAAACAGCGUAGUCACGACGGAGGCGGUGGGAGUGGGAUCUCCCGAGAAUCCCCGUAAUAUUGCCGACGCCAUUUCCGCGGGGAGUGUGGACACCAAGACGGGCCUGUACCGGGUCAAGUCGGGGCAGACCAUCAGCCUGGCGGAGGCCUACGAGCGCGGCUACCUCAUCCGGCACGAGUCGGUGACAAUCAAGUCGAAUGCGCUGUGCCUCAGCGAUGCCAUUGCCCACGGGCUGGUCGAUGCCGCCGGCUGGAUAGCGGACCGCAACUCCGGCGACAAGUUCCGGCUGGACUCGGCCAUUGCCAAUCAGCUGAUCGAUGCGAGCGUGCGCGAAGUGGUGGACGCGAAGCGCGACGUGAAAAUAACACUGCAGGAGGCCCUGCAGUCGGGCGUGCUAAACGCGAAGACGGGCCGGUACGUGAACGAGGUGACCAAGGAGAAGCUCACCUUCUCCGAGGCGCGCAGCCGGCAGCUGAUCGUGAAACCCUACACGCUGAAGGACAUCUGUGACCUGAACCUGCUCGACCGGCAGUCCGGCCAGAUCACGAGUCCGAUGCGUCGCGAAAAACUGAGCAUCAUGCAGGCCAUCGAGGCCGGAGUGCUCGACGGCAAUCAGCUGAAGUGCAUCACGAAGCGAAAGGGGGAGCUGGUCACCCUGCAGGAGGCCAUAGCGGAUGGCAUUGUCCUGCCCGCGGAGGGCAAGUACCGUGACUUCAUGACCGGCGAACUGAUCACCAUUCCCGAUGCCGUGGAACGCGGCCUGAUCAGCUCGGUGGCGCAGCGUUCGAUCUUUGAUAUUGACGGGUUCAAGGACCUGCGCAGCAACGACUAUGUUAGCUUUAAUGUGGCCCUCGCGCGCGAUCUGCUGCGGCGCAAGAGCACAGGCUUUGCCUUGGAGACGGCCGGUAGGGAAAAAGAUAAGGAAAAUGACAGGGACAGGGACAGCCAGGGGGUGCCCCUGGAGGUGGCCGUGGGCGAGGGUCUCGUCCGCCAAGAGGUGUACGAGAUGUUCAAUCGCGGUAUUGGCGUUCAUAAUGCCAGCGGCCAGGAGCUGAGCGUCUUCGAUCUGGUCUAUCACAAUCUGAUUGACCCGAAGACGGGCUACCUGCUGGACCCAAAGUCGGGCGACGGGGGGGAGACAGUGCCUUUGGACACCGCCAUCGAGCGGAAGUUCAUUACCCCCGAGGGGGCUCUCCUGCUGAGCAGUCUGCUCAACAUAACCCUCACCACGGAGACGGUGACGCGGACAAUCAAUCGGUAUGUGACGAUCCGCGCUGGCUCCCAGGAGCCGGGCAGCAGCGCAAGCGUAACCGUAGGCGACAGUGUGCUGCUCACCUUCACGGAGGCAGUGCGUCAGGGCUUCAUCGACGAGGACAGACAGCUGUUCAAGGACCCCAAGACGGGCAACAUUUACUCGGUGCAGCAGGCCCUCAACUACGGCCUGCUGGUGCCCGACAGCAAUCAGACAGUUCCGGAGAUAACGAACCGCAAGAAGACCAAGUCGACCAUCACGAUUGUCACCAAACAGAUCCUGCCCGAGGCGGAGCCCAUCAAGCUGAACACCCAGCAAACGCACACCAAGUACGUGGAGAAAUCCGUGGAGAUACCCAUCUCCCAGGAGAUGGUGAGCACCAGCAGCCGCCAAAUGCAUCAGGAGCAGAACGUAACGGAGCGACAGAUCAUGGAACUGCCGCCAGGUGGCUGGCGUCUCAAGGAUGCCAUCGAGCAGCGGCUGUUCAAUCCCGAUUCGGGUGUGUUCCAUGUCCAGGGCACCGAUCGGUUGGUCAGCUUUGAGGAGUGCAUCGAUAAGCAGAUCAUCAACAAUCUGUCGGUCUCUGUGCUGGAUCCACAAAGCACCACACACAGCGACAAGCUCUCUGUGAAGUCCGCCUUCGAGCGGAAGAUCCUGGACAGCUAUGGAAACUACACGAACAGCCGCCAGCAGGUCCUAGGCAUGCGCAGUGCCAUAGACGAGGGCAAGAUCAUACUGGAGACGGUGCCCGCCACGCGGGGCUCAAACCAAAAGACGAUCCUGCGCAUAACGAGGGUGAACAACAUGCCGGAUGUGCUGGAGGUAUCCACCCCGCUGAAGGAUGCACCGCCCAAGUUUCUGGAGGUGAGAACCUGUCAGCGAGAGCUGGCCUCGCCCGAGCCCUUGCAAAUUGCUCCCGGGGCCAUCUACGAUCCGUCCACAGCUCUGGUGAUCUUCACACAGACCGGGGAGACGGAGAACGUCUUUGAUGCGGCCCGCCUGGGACUGAUCGACGAGCAGCUGAUCAAGAUAAUCGAUCCCACCACCCGGCAGGAGAUUUCCGUAACCGAAGCGAUUGCACGCUCUGUCUACGAUCCGCGUACGGCCACCAUACUGAAUGCGGAAGGUCAGCCCGUGGAUUUGAUAACAGCCACUAGGCUGGGACUUCUCAGCGUGGUUGGUGCCCCACUGGUGGCCGCUGAGGGAGCUCUGCGAACCGUGCGCUUUGUCACAGAUCCGCGCACGGGCGAGCAGAUACCCGUGGAGGUGGCCUACGAGCGGGGAAUUGUCUCACGGGAUCAGCGCUCCUUUGACAGCCAACCAUCGCCAGUGCACGAGGAGAGGGAGAAGGACAAGGACAAGGACAAGGUGGUGGUGCUGCAGAAGAUGCGCAAGAUCAUAUUGAAGCCGAGGGAUGCCUUGCGCAAGGGCAUCAUUGACGAGGAGACCUGCCGGAUAAUGGAGGACACUAAAAACUUUACCAGCCCCCAGGGCGAGGUGAUCAACAUCAGCGAGGCCCUGAGCACGGGUCUGAUCGAUGGCCGUCGUGGCCAAAUCAUCGAUCCGCAGAGCAAUCGAGUGCUGAAUAUCCGCCAGGCGGUGGAGCAGAAGAUCAUCGACCCCGAGCAGACGAACCACAUCCUCAUGCCGCUGGCCAAGAGCCUGUCCGUGCCCAGACUGGCCUCGCAGGGUCUCAUCGAUCCGCAGAGCCAGACGAUUGUGCACCCGGAGAGCGGCUAUCCCCUGAGCAUACACGAGGCGAUCGUCUGCGAAGUGCUGGACCCACACUCGCGGCUGCAGAAGCCCGAGAAGUGCACGCUAGAGGAGGCCAUCGAGAAGGGUAUAAUCAACGCGGAUGAGUCCACAUUUGGCUACAAGAACAAGACCCUGAACAUAACCGAAGCCAUUGAGGCAAAGCUCUUUGAUGCCAGCUACGAUCAGCAGAAGCCCAAGGUGGACAUUCCGCCCGUGGGCAUGAUAUUUCCCGUGGCCGUGGAACGGAGUCUGGUGGAGCCCACCAAGGGUGUGGUCCUGUUUCCUUGGGCCAAGCUGAAGCCAGUGCCCCUUAAGCAGGCCGUCGAGGAGAACUUCAUCAUGUCCAUACCGUACGCACCGAAGCCCCACGCCAUCGAAGUGGUGGCCGCCCUGGAGCGAGGCCUCAUCGAUGUGGCAGGCCACACGAUGACUGUGCCCGCCACUGGCGAGCGUCUGUCCCUGCGCCAAGCUCUGGAGACCGGUGAACUUGUGGUGAAGCAUCUAUCUGACUUUGUGGUCACCCAGCGGCCCAUCCCAAAGACAGAGAUCAUGGAGACAGUGCGAGCCGUGCACACGGUGACCACCAAGACCAUUGAACUGAUGCAGGGCUAUGUGCUCGUCUCGAACAACGAGGUGCAGAACGUCCACACGGGCGAGCUGUGCAGCCUGGAGGAGGCCAAGGAGCAGGGCAUCCUGCGUGAGGAAUCGACAACGCGUGAGACAAAGGCAGCCGUUGGCGAGGAUCCCAGCAGUAGCAGCAGCAGCAGCAGAAGCAGCGAUCAGCAGACGGUGGAGGUCGUGGAGGAGCGCACACAGACAGUGGUCGUCAGCUCGGACAGCCACAAGCAGGAGAUGCAGGUGGUCAGCACCACCAAGUCCACAAAAGAGGUGCCAGCACUACCACAAACCCAAUUGGAGACGAAGGAGCCAUCGAAAACCCUGCAGAAUGUCAAGGAUGCUGCCAAGUUGGGUGCCCUGGGAGUUAUUGCAGCCCCCGUCCUGGCGGGCGGAGCCAUCGUAAGCGGUGUCAAGAGUCUCAUCAAGUCUGUGAAGUCUCCCGCGGAAGAUGCCAACAAGUCCAACAAGGACAAGCCACAACAACCUCAAGAGAGCUUCAUUGAACAGGAGCGUCAGCAGCUCCAACCAGUGCCAAGUGAAGUCGAUAGACUCCUGGACGAAACGCAGACAUUUAUCAGUACCACAACUGCCAAUUUCAUAGCCAAUGAGCAGCAGCAGCAGCAACAGCAACAGCCAAAGGAGCAGCCCCAAGUGGAGGUUCCUUCAUCCGAUUCAGAUGUGGAAACGACAAGCACACUGACAACCACAACGGUCACAACCAUAACUACCUCAAAGAGCGCAACGGAAACGACCAGUGAACCGGAGCCAGAUAUUGUGGUGGAAGAAGUGGAGACUGUCCAGGAGGAGAAACCAGUGCCAGAAAAGACGAGGGCAUUGGAAGAGCCAAGGGCAGAGCAGGUUAUUAAGGUAACUGAAACGAUCACAACAGUGACUACAAAGGAGUCUGAUCCAGAACUAAAGGAUGACACGAUCACAACAAAGGAGCCUGUUCCAGAAUUAAAGGAUGCAACUCCGGAGAAAUUGAAGGAGAAGCAAGAACAGCCAGCAGCCGAGACAGAUCCGAAAGCAGCAACUCCAGAGAUUGCACAAAAAGAAACAGUUCCAGAGGUUGCACAAAAAGAAACAACUCCCGAGGCAGCGAAGAGGCAACCCAUUCCCGAACCCACAAAGGAACCUACUCCACAGCCAGCUGAAAAGCCAGAGCCCAAACCGAGAACCGCUCCAAGAGAAGAGGUGCCCGAAUUCGAGCCUCCUUUCGUAGCUCCCUUGGCGCCGUUUGCAGAAGGCCCCACUGACACACAGGCAAAGGUAACCGAAACCAUAACUGAAAUUCAAGAGCAGCAGCCAAUAUCAAGCUCCCAAACUGUGACGACAACUGUAACGACCACAGUAAGAACCGUCGAAGAGCAACCCACGGUUGAGAUCGAAGUGACUGUGCAGCCUGAAGAGAUUGUGGAAGUGCAACAGGUACAGCCAUCCGUUCCAGAGCCAACAAAAGACGAUAAACCCGAUGAAAUUUUGGAAGACUCUGCUGCGAAUGCCACCGAGCAACCUUCUACCAUAGUUGUGGAAGAAAGAGUUGUAACGGUGGAGGAGCCAACUAUCACGGAAUCCACAGUAACCACGACAACAAUUACCACCACCAGCAGCAGCACAACAACAGCAACAACCAGCGAAGAUCAGCAGGAGGAGCCCCAGCAGCAGGUGGAGAUUGUGGUAACAGAAACUGUGAAAGAAAAACCUGUGGAAGAGCAAGAGCUGCCCAUCAAGACAACCGAAACAGUGACCACAAAGACAAUCAUUGGCGGUGAAGAGAAGAAACCUCAAGAACCGGGACAACUGGAGCAAAUAGUUCAGCCCCCGACGACUACGGAUAAGCAUCAGACAGUUGUCGAUUUCAUUGAGGGCGAGAAGACACCAGGAAAAGGCAGCAACAUUCUGCAGAAUGUCAAGGAUGCCGCCAAGCUGGGAGCCCUGGCCAUUGUGGGUGCGCCUGUGCUGGCUGGGAAGGCAUUGGUCGAUGCACUCACAACUACAGAAUCCACCCAAUCCCCAUCCCUUUCACAAAAGGGACCACAAGAGAGCCAGACCCAGACCCAGAGCAGCAGCACAACAACAGUGACGACAGUGACAACUACUUCCACGUUGACUUCGUCGGAGAGUACGCCCUAUGAUGAGUCUCGCGAUGUUGUGGCCGAACCAACAGCUCCAUCAUCAGCAGAGUCAAACAUCAAACGGGAUGUGCCCAAGACACUGGCCAUUGGGGAUGCCAUUUCCCAGAAACUAAUCAGUCCCGACGAGUGCCAGGUGAUCGUGGACGGGGAGCAGCAAACGGAGACAGUGUCCACGCUGCUGCGGGAGGAGCAGCUGAGUCCGCUGGACGAGGUGCAGAUCAUUGAUGACAAACUGAUUGUGCUGCAGCAGAUAUCCUACCUGGUGGACGUGGACACCGAACUGACGGCCGAGCGGCUGAGCGAACUGAACAUUUACGACACGGAGAAUCAGUACUUCAUCGAUCCCUCAACGGGCCAGAAGAUAUCCUUCCAGAGUCUGGUGUUCGACAUGAACAUCUUCAAUCCCGAGUGCAUUUUGGUCAAGAACUUUAGCACGGGCAAGUACGAGACUUUGACGGCGGCUCUGGAGCGUCCAUUGCUGGACAGGCACACCGGCCACAUGGUCGAUCCGAAGACCGGGAAGAAGAUCCCCUUCUUCGAGUGCAUUGCCCGUCAGUGGAUCAUCCGCUCGAAUCCUGAGGUUGAGCGACCGGCGGGCUUCGAGAACGUGUCAAUUGACGAGGAGACGGGCCAUGUGGUGCUGGACGAUGGUCGGGCUUGCUCCAUUGUUGACGCCAUCAACAGUGGCAAGCUGGACAUCCAGUCGAUAUCGGUGCGCGACCCAGUCAGCGGCGAGGUAAUCCCCCUGCGUAUGGCAAUCGAGUUGGGGGUGGUCGACAUGCAGUCGGGCACGGUGAUAGACAUACAGACGCUCAAGGAGAUACCCAUGGAGGAGGCCUUCCAGCUGGGCUUCCUUGUGCCCGGCGCACGAAAGCCCAUCUCCCUGGAAGCGGCCGUGCGCAAGGGUCUCUACGACCCGGAGACGGGCAAGCUCUUCGACUCGGAGAGUCAGAACCAGGUGGAUGUGCAAAAGUCCAUCGAAAUUGGUCUGGUCGAUCCAAAGAUCUCUCUGAUCGUGGACACAAUGACCCAAAAGGAGCUGAAGCUGGACUGUGCCAUCGAGGAUGAUCUGGUGCUGCCGGCCACGGGCCAGAUCAAGGACAGCAAGAACAAUACGCUCGUGCCCUUUGACCUGGGCAUCGAACAGCGUCUGCUGAAGACGGACAGCGUGACGUGGAGCCUGCCGGAAGUGCUGCAGCGGGAAUACUACGCGCCCAGCACCGGCAAGGUGCUGAAUCCCGUCACUGGCGAGGAGAUACUCCUGCAGCAGGCCAUCGAGAUGGGCUUUGUGGAGCUGGAGACGACGCUGGUCAAAGAUGCCGAGCAUGACAGGAUUGUGCCGGGCAAGGAGGCGGCCAGGGUGGGGCUGCUGGACACGGUGCGCGGCACCCUCAGCUCCCCCCACAUGAGCCUCGAUGAGGCGUUCGUCAAGGGCUAUCUGAUCAGCACCAAGAAGCCCCUGUCGCUAGUCGAUUGCCUGCUGCGUGGUCUGUACGAUCCUUUGACAGCCACCUUCACCAUCGACGACGACAACAAGCAGCUGGACCUCAAGUCCGCCAUUGCCCAGAAGCUCAUCAAUCCCGAUGAGCUGGUGCUGCUCGAUCCGAAGACCGAGUCGAUUAUCUCGAUAACCGAGGCCAUUGCCAAGGGCUAUCUGGAUCCCAUUGGGGGCUAUGUGAUUAAUCCGUAUGCCUCCACCAAGCUGUCGCUCCACGAAGCCCUCGAGAAUCGCAUCCUCAUUCCGGCCAAGCGCAAGCGCAGUCUGCCCGACGCCGUCUACCGGGGUCUAUACGAUCCGAAGACGGGCCAAUUCAGCAACACCAUCACGCGGGAGAAGCUCACAACCGAACGUGCCAUUCGUAGGGGUAUACUCGAUCCCGAUUCGACGGUCGUCCGCCUGCCGUCCGGCCAGAUUAUUCCCUUUGGCGUGGCCGCCGAUCGGGGCAUUGUGGACAGCCAGCAGGGCACCGUGAGGGACGACGAGGAGAAGGCGAUUGACUUCAAGGAGGCCUUCGAUAGGGGUGUCCUGGUGGAGGCCAAGAAGCCGCUGCGCCUCAUCGAGGCUGUCGUGAAGAAUGUUUACGAUGAGGUGGACGGACACUUUGUGGAUCCCAAGUCGGGCGAAAAACUGAACUUUGCCGAGGCCCUCGACACCAAUCUGCUGGACGAGCACAGCGUUCAGAUACGCGACUUCAAGACGGGCCUGUACAAGCAGCUGAAUCUGACGCAUGCCAAGGACGCGGGCAUCAUCGAUGCCCAGAACGCCAAGCUGCUGUACAACAACCAGACCAUGACCCUCAAGCACGCCUUCGACAUUGGCAUCCUGAUGGACGUGAAUGCGCCCAUCAGCCUCCAGCGGGCCAUACAUCAGGGACUAUUCGACGACAAAACCGGCAAGCUGAGCGAUCCCCGCAGUGGUCGACAGAUCACGCUGCUCGAGGGCAUGCGCAGCUUCGUCAUUAAUCCCCAUCUGCCGUGCUACUUUGACGAACAGACAGAGCAACUGUACAGCCUCAGCGAGACGUGCCGCAUGGGCAUAAUUAACCGCAGGGAGGGGGUCUUUAGGGAGCCGGACAGCAGUAGUUUUGUGAGUCUGGGGGAGGCCCUCAGUCUCGGCCUGAUCGUGGACAUUGAGAACGCCGGCUUUGGGCUGUACGAGCUGCUCUCCAUGGGCUUCUACGAUGUGGCCACGCGUAAGGUUCGGCAUCCGGUGACCGGCCGCAAACUGAACCUGAACGAGGCCUGCGUCGAGGAUGUGGUCAGCCUGUCGUCCAGCCUGGUCAAGCACCACGCCACGGGCAAGUAUCUGCGGCUGGCCAAUGCCAUCAAGGAGCAGCUGAUCGACGAUUCGAGGGGCUGCUAUAAUCUCGGCAGCUCCGAACAGAUCGAUCUGCAGACAGCCCGGGCACGGGGUCUCAUAGUUUCCAACCGUCGCCUGCUCAGCCUCGAACUGGUGCUCCGCCAGCAGCUGUAUCGCCCCGAAACGGGCAAAUUCUGUGAUCCCACAACGGGUGAAUAUCUCGACCUCAUCGAGGCCAUUCAUGCAGGGUUCAUAGAUCCCGCGAGCACCGUGUUCAAGAACCAGCUCACCGGCAAAGAGCUGCCCCUAACCGAAGCCAUCGAAAACGGAGACAUCGACGUGUCCAAGGGCCGCGUAUUUGAUCCCAAAUCGAAAUCUGCCUACAACUAUGAUGUGGCACUCGCGCGCGGUAUACUCGUGACCAUCGUGCGUCCUCUCACCGAUCGCAGCGAGGUUGUCCGUCGACAGGACAGCGUCGAGCUGCUCGGCCAGACGCCCGUGAGCGUUGUGAUCAGCAAGCCGCGCGAAAUGUCUCUCGAUGAGGCCAUUCGGUACAAUAUAAUCGAUCCCAAGACGGCGCUCGUGCGCGACUUUGAUAGCUUCAAAUUCCUGCCCUAUGCGGUGGCCCAGGAACGCGGUCUCGUCGACACCACCAAGCGCACACUAGUCGAUCCGAAGGCCCUUUACUUUGCCUUCGAUCCCACGCUGAUUGUUUAUGUGCGCGAGCCGGUCACCUUUGACCAGGCGGCCGAGUCCAAGAGCCUGGAUUUGGCAACCGGAAUGCUAAGCUAUGUGCCAGCCGGAGGAUCCGCCAGCAACAGCAGUGAUGACAGCGCAAACGAUUCACUGACUGUCAUCGAGACGCCCAGGGUAUACACGCUCAAGGAGGCCGCCAGUGCGGGCAUUGUGGAUCCCGAUUCGGCCCUGGUUAAGGAUCUGGCCAAGGCGAAGCUAGUGCGACUGCCAGAGGCCUUCCGCAAGGGCCUCAUGGAUGCCAACAAGGCCAAUGUGCUGAACACACAAACCUCCAAGCUGUGCACCCUGCAGGAGGCCUACGAGAGCGGCCUGAUCUGCACACCCAAGCGGUCGUUCGGUCUGCUAGAGGCCAUCACCUUCAACCUGUACAAUCCCACGAACGGCUGCCUGGUUGAUCCCUUCCAAAUGCAUCCCGACAUCAUUCGACGCAAGAAAUUCACACUGGCCGAGGCCAUUGCCUCGGGCCUGGUGGAUCCCUCCUCGACAGUGGUGCGUGAUCCCAGCUCUGGGGUCAUCCUGCCACUGGCGGCUGCCAUUGGCAGCGGCCUGAUCGAUGCCACCGCGGGCCGCCUGACCAUCAGCGAUGCCCAAGAGCCCAAGCAGAACAUCGAUCUGGUCAGGGCUGCCGAGAAGGGUCUGCUGCUGCCAGCCGAACAGAGGCAAGCAGUAUUCGAAAAGUUCAACAUGUGCGAGGAGAAUGUCAAUGAUCUGCUGAAAUGGGUCACCUCCGUCGAACAGAAAAUCUCAAGUGUUGGAGGACCUCGCGAGAAAAUCGAUGAGCUACGCAACCAGAUCAAUGCCCUCAAGCAAAUCAAGGACGAGAUCGAGUCUCAGCAGCGACCGGUAGCCACUUGCUUGGAACAAAUCAGGCAGAUUGUGCUCACUGGCGGCGAUGUCCUAUCCGCCCCAGAGGUGACCACUCUGGAGAAUUCCGGACGGGAGCUGCGAUCGCGCGUAGAUCGUGUCAACGAUCGCACAGUGCGUCUGCUGCGUCGCCUGGAGGCGGGCAGGGAUGAGCUCACGAAGCUGCGCAGCGAACUGGAUGUGUUCUCCGACUGGCUGCAAAUGGCCAGGCGCACACUCGAGGACAAGGAGCGCUCGCUGUCGGAUCUGACACGACUCGGUUCGCAGGCGGACUCCAUCCGGGAGUUUGUCAGCGAUGUGAUUGGCCAUCAGGCCGAUCUGCGCUUUAUCACCAUGGCCGCACAGAAGUUUGUGGACGAGAGUAAGGAGUUCCUGGGCAUUCUCAACGAUUUCCGCACUUCGCUGCCGGAGCGUCUGCCCCAUGUGGAGCCGCUGGCCAGUGCCGAGAGUCCCAUACGGCAGGAGGUGUCGCUCGUGUCCGCCCAGUACAAGGAUCUGCUGAAUCGCGUGAAUGCACUGCAGGAUCGCGUCUCCGGCCUUGGCGGACGCCAAAGGGAGUAUCAGGAUGCGCUGGACAAGGCCAGCGAGUGGCUGAGGAGCGUGCAUCCGCGCGUGUCUCGGCUCAUCUCCGAGCCGAUUGCCGGCGACCCAAAGGCCGUCCAAGACCAGAUGAACGAGGCCAAGGCUCUGCACAACGAGCUCCUCUCAAGCGGCCGCCUGGUGGACAACGCCCAGCAGGCGCUCGACAACCUUCUGCGCAGCCUCGGCGGCCAGCUCAGUCCCAUGGAGAUCAACCAACUGGAGCUGCCCAUCGCCGACCUCAAGCAGAGCUACCAGCAGCUGCUGGACAACCUGGGCGAGCACUGCAAGAAUCUCGACAAGACGCUCGUGCAGUCGCAGGGCGUGCAAGACGCCCUCGAUAGCCUAGGUGGCUGGGUCGGACAGGCGGAGGACAAGUACAAACUCAACCUGCGCCCCGCCUCGCUCAUCAAGGAGCGCCUACAGGAGCAGAUACGCGAGCACAAGGUGCUGCUGGCCGAUCUGCAGUCGCACCAGGCCAGCAUCGACAGCGUUCAGAUCUCGGCCAAGCAUCUGCUGGCCAGCGCCUCGAAUGCGCGCAUCGCCAAGAAGGUGGAAGCCAAUCUGAACGACGUCACCGGCAAGUUUGAGAAGCUCUACGAAAAGGUGAACAAGCGGGGCGAGUUCCUGGACGAUGUGUAUGGCCGCCUCAGCCGGUAUCUGGACGAGAUCAGCACCGUGGAGCAGCGCAUGGGCAGCCUGCAGGAGGCGCUGGACAGUCGCGAGACCAGUCUGCUGUCCACCGAGGAGCUGGCCCGUCGCAUGCACGAUCUGUCGCGCGACAAGGAUCAGCUGGCGCCGCAGUUUGAGGAUUGUGUGCGCCAAGGCAGGGAUCUGAUUGGUCUGCGCGAUGUCACGGACACAGGAGCCCUGCGGGAUCGCAUCAAGGCCCUGGAGUCGCAGUGGCGCAACAUCAACAUCAGCAUCGAUGAGCGUGCGAAGCUGUCCAAGCAGAAGGCCGAGCAGCAGCUCGCCUACGAGGGACUCAAGGAUCAGGUGCUCUCCUGGCUGGCCAGCACGGAGGCGCGCGUCAACGGUCUGCCGCCGGUGGCCAUCGAUCUGGACCGCAUUCGGCAGCAGCACGACGAACUGAAGCCCAUAUGCAAGGACUAUCGCGACUACGCGCCCACCAUUGACAAGAUCAACGAUGUGGGAGCGCAGUACGAUGCCCUGAUUCGGCCCGAGAGCCCCGCCCGCAAACGGUCCACGUACAGCCCAAUCAAGCGGACGAGCCCGCUGCGACGCAUGUCCGGAGCAGAGCAGAACGCGAGGAGCCCCAGCCCCACCAAGGGAGGCAUUCUGUCGCCACUAUCGACUGGUUCCAGUGGAUUCGGUAGCCGCAGAUCCUCUCAGGACGGUUUCCAGCUGUCGGAGCUGUCGCCCGUGCAGCAGCAGCUGAGCGAGAUCAACAAUCGCUACGGGCUGAUUGGCGUGCGGCUCAACGAUCGCCAGCACGAGCUGGACAACCUGAGCGAGGAGCUGCGCAAGCAGUACGAGAACCUCAAGGGGCUGGCCCAGUUCCUCGAUCGCAUUCAGCGCCAGGUGCCCAAGGAGUCGGUGUCCAACAAGGAGGAGGCCGAGCGCUGCAUCAAGCAGGCGCGCAAGAUCCUGGAGGACAUGUACGAGAAGCAGAGUCUGCUGGACACCACCAAGGCCCAGGUCAAGGACAUACUGCGACGCAAAUCGGAUGUGCCCGGCGCCGAGCAGCUGCGCCUCGAAAACGAUAGCAUCCAGGAGAAGUGGAAGAAUCUCAACGACAUCUGCAAGAACCGCAUCGCCUUUGCGGAGAAGUUGCGCGACUUCCUCGACACCCACGGCAACCUCAAGGGCUGGCUGGAUAGCAAGGAGCGCAUGUUGACGGUCCUGGGACCCAUCUCCUCCGAUCCACGCAUGGUUCAGAGCCAGGUGCAGCAGGUGCAAGUGCUCCGCGAGGAGUUCCGCACCCAGCAGCCGCAGCUGAAGCAUUUGCAGGAUCUGGGACACGAUGUGGUCGACCAUUUGGCCGGCACACCCGAUGCCCAGGCAGUCGAGAUUAAGCUCAAGGACAUUCUCGGCAAGUGGGAGGAUCUGGUGGGCAAGCUGGACGAUCGGGCCAACAGCCUGGGCGGCGCCGCCGACAGUUCCAAGGAGUUCGAUGCGGCCGUCAAUCGGCUGCGCGAGGCCCUGCAAAACAUCAGCGACAGCCUGGACACCCUACCUCUGGAUGGAGAUCACCAGGAGAAUCUGCGCAAGAUCGAGAACCUGGAGCGACAACUGGAGGGCCAACGGCCGCUCCUGGCCGACGUAGAACAGUCGGCGGCCACGCUCUGCAACAUUCUCGGGGAUCCAGCCUCGCGCGCCGAUGUCAAUAGCCGCGUGGCUGCCCUGGAGAAGCAGUAUUUGGCGCUCCAAAAGAAGCUGGACACCAAGAAGGCCGAGACAGAGGCCUCCCUUCGCGAUGGCCGUCACUUUGCCGAGAACUGCUCCAAGACCCUCGGCUGGCUGUCGGGUGAGCUUUCGAACCUGAGCGAUCGCCUGCUGGUCUCGGCCCACAAGCCGACGCUGCAGCACCAGAUCGACACGCACGAGCCCAUCUACCGCGAGGUAAUGGCCCGCGAGCAUGAGGUAAUUAUGCUCAUCAACAAGGGCAAGGAUCUGUCUGACCGGCAGCAGGAUCGCGGUGUAAAGCGCGAUCUGGAGCGCAUCCAGCAGCAGUGGGAGAAGCUGCGUCGCGAGGCCGUCGAUCGGCACACGCGCCUGCAGACCUGCAUGGAGCACUGCAAGAAGUACUCGCAGACCUCGGAGACAUUCCUCGCCUGGCUGCGCACCGCAGAGGACAAGCUGUCCGAUCUCACGCCCGGCGUGCUGUCCAAGGCGAAGCUGGAGACGCGACUGCGCGACCUGCAGACCUUCCGCAGCGAGGUGUGGAAGCAUUCCGGAGAGUUUGAGAACACCAAGGGACUGGGCGAGACGUUCCUCAGCAGCUGCGACAUCGACAAGGAGCCCAUCAAGGCCGAGCUGCAGGAUAUACGCGAUCGCUGGGAGCGCCUCAACAACGACCUCAUUGCGCGUGCCCACGAGAUUGAGAACUGCUCGCGUCGCCUGGGCGACUUUAACGAUGAGCUGCGCAAUCUGGAUCAUUCGCUGGGCCGUUGCGAGGAUCGCCUCGCCGCCCACGAUGCUCUGGGUGGAGCUGCCAAGGAUCCCAAGCUGCUGGAGCGUGUCAAGGCCAUACGCGAGGAGCUGACAAAUCUGAGCAAGCCUCUGCAAUCGCUCAAGGCUCUGGCCAAGGACAUAAGCGCCGAGGCUAGAGCUGCCGGUGGCGAUGCCGAUCAUCUGACCAACGAAGUGGACGGCCUGGCCGAUCGCCUCUCGGAGUUGCAAGGACGCCUGGAUGACCGUUGCGGCGAGCUGCAGUCGGCUGCCACAGCCGUAUCUCAGUUCAACGAGCAAAUGAAGAGUCUGGGCAUCGACCUGAACGACCUGGAGACGGAGAUUGAGAAGCUGUCGCCGCCCGCACGCGAAAUCAAGAUUGUGCAGCAGCAGCUGGACGAUGUUGGCAAGAUUCAGAACAGGCUGGACCGCCUGGUGGGUCGCCUCGAAGAUGCCGAACGUGCCGCCGAUGUCCUGGUGGAUGCUGGCUUUGCCGCAGACACCACUCAGACGCGCGAGCAAAUCUCCACGUUACGCAAGACGCUGGGACGCCUGGACAAUCGUGUGAAGGAUCACGAGGACAAUCUGCAGGGCACGUUGAAGGCCCUGCGCGAGUUCUACGACAACCAGUCGCAGAUCCUUGACGACAUCCAGGACGUCAGUGAGGAGUUCAAGCGCAUGAAGCCGGUGGGCUCCGAGCUGGAUCAGAUACGACGCCAGCAGGAGGACUUCCGUCAGUUCAGAGAGCGCAAGGUGGAGCCGCUGGCCCUCAAUGUGGACAAGGUGAAUGUGGCCGGACGGGAUCUGGUGCGGUCUGCCGGUACCGGAGUCUCGACCAGCACGAUCGAGAAGGAUCUGGAGAAGCUGAACGAUCGCUGGAAUGACCUGAAGGAGCGCAUGAACGAGCGCGACCGUCGCCUGGACGUGGCCCUUUUGCAGUCGGGCAAGUUCCAGGAAGCCCUCGCCGGCCUCUCCAAGUGGCUGAGCGACACCGAGGAGAUGGUGGCCAACCAGAAGCCGCCCAGCUGCGACUACAAGGUGGUCAAGGCCCAGUUGCAGGAGCAAAAAUUCUUGAAAAAAAUGCUCCUCGAUCGCCAGAAUUCCAUGGGCUCCCUGGCCAAUCUCGGCCAGGAGGUGGCCAACCAUUGCGAGCCCUCCGAACGGGCGUCCAUCGAGAAGCAGCUGAACGAUCUGAUGAAGCGAUUCGAUGCCCUCACGGACGGUGCCGAGCAGCGCGAACAGGACUUGGAGGAGGCCAUGGAGGUGGCCAAGCGGUUCCACGACAAGAUCAGUCCCCUCGAGGUGUGGCUGGAUGGCACGGAGCGUGCCGUCAAGUCAAUGGAACUGAUACCCACCGACGAGGAGAAGAUACAGCAGAGGAUACGCGAGCACGACCGCCUGCACGACGAGAUUCUCGGCAAGAAGCCCGACUUUACCGACCUGGCCGAUGUGGCCGCCCAGCUGAUGCAUCUCGUCAGCGACGAGGAGGCCGUUAAUCUCGGCGAGAAAGUGCGCGGCGUCACAGAGCGCUACACCGGACUGGUGGAUGCCAGCGACAACAUUGGCGCCCUGCUCGCCGAAUCCCGCCAGGGACUGCGUCACUUGGUACUCAGCUACCAGGAUCUGGUGGCCUGGAUGGAGAGCAUGGAGAACGAGCUGAAGCGCUUCAAGUCUGUGCCCGUGUACGCCGAGAAGCUGCUCGAGCAGAUGGACCAUCUGCUGGAGCUCAACGAGAACAUUGCCGGCCACGCAUCGAAUGUGGAGGCCACCGUGGAGUCUGGGGCCGAGCUGAUGAAGCACAUCUCCAACGAUGAGGCUAUUCAGCUGAAGGACAAGCUCGACUCGCUGCAGCGUCGCUACGGCGAUCUGACCAAUCGCGGGGGGGAUCUGCUGAAGAGCGCCCAGAAUGCCCUGCCGCUGGUGCAGCAAUUCCACGAGGCGCACAACCGUCUAGUCGAGUGGAUGCAAACCGCGGAGACGGCGCUGGCACCCAGCGAGCCCCGUCAGGCGGAUGUCCUGCGACUGGAGGGUGAACUGGCCGACAUGCGUCCCAUUCUGGACACCAUCAACCAGGUGGGACCGCAGCUGGGACAGAUGUCGCCCGGCGAGGGAGCGGCCACCAUCGAGAGCAUUGUGACGCGCGACAACCGGCGCUUUGACUCCAUCGUGGAGCAGAUUCAGCGCAAGGCCGAGCGGCUGCAUUUGAGCAACCAGCGGGCCAAGGAGGUGACCGGCGACAUUGAUGAGCUGCUCGAGUGGUUCCGCGAGAUGGACACCACGCUGCGCGAAGCCGAUCAUCCGGCCAUGGAGCCGAAGCUGGUGCGUGCCCAGCUGCAGGAGCAUCGCUCGAUCAACGACGACAUCUCCAGUCAGAAGGGACGCGUGCGCGACGUCACUGCUGCCUCGAAGAAGGUGCUGCGGGAGUCGCCGCAGAGCGAGAACACGGCCACGCUGCGCGAGAAGCUGGAUGACCUCAAGGAGAUCGUCGACACGGUGGCGCAGCUGUGCAGCGAGCGACUGGGAAUUCUGGAGCAGGCUCUGCCCCUGUCGGAGCACUUUGCCGACUCGCACCAGGGCCUCACCGCCUGGCUGGACGACAUGGAGCAGCAAAUCUCCCGCCUGAGCAUGCCCGCUCUGCGUCCCGACCAAAUCACACUGCAACAGGACAAGAACGAGCGUCUGCUGCAGUCCAUUGCGGAGCACAAGCCGCUCCUGGACAAGCUGAACAAGACGGGCGAGGCACUGGGUGCGCUGGUGGCCGACGAGGACGGCUCAAAGAUCAACGAGAUCCUCGACACGGACAACGCCCGCUAUGCCGCCCUCCGGCUGGAGUUGCGCGAGCGCCAGCAGGCGCUGGAGAGUGCUCUGCAGGAGUCCAGUCAGUUCUCCGACAAGCUGGAGGGAAUGCUGCGUGCCCUGGCCAACACAGUGGAUCAGGUGAACCAGUUGGAUCCGCUGUCCGCCCUGCCGCAGAAGAUACGCGAGCAGAUCGAGGACAAUGACGCUCUGAUGGAUGACCUGGACAAGCGACAGGAUGCAUUCAGCGCUGUGCAGCGGGCGGCCAACGAUGUCAUUGCCAAGGCGGGCAACAAGGCCGAUCCGGCCGUGCGCGACAUCAAGGCCAAGCUGGAGAAGCUCAACAAUCUGUGGAACGAUGUGCAGAAGGCCACCAAGAAGCGCGGCAGCUCGCUGGAUGAUAUCCUGAGCGUGGCCGAGCCCUUCUGGAAGCAGCUCAACAGCGUGAUGAAGACCCUCAAGGAUCUGGAGGAGACGCUCUCCUGCCAGGAGCCGCCGGCAGCCCAGCCGCAGGACAUCAAGAAGCAGCAGGUAGCACUGCAGGAGAUCCGCCAUGAGAUCGACCAGACCAAGCCGGAGGUCGAGCAGGUGCGCCGUCAUGGCAGCAACCUGAUGAACAUGUGCGGCGAGCCCGACAAGCCCGAGGUGAAGAAGCACAUCGAAGACCUGGACAAUGCCUGGGACAACAUCACGGCGCUGUAUGCCAAGCGCGAGGAGAACCUCAUCGAUGCCAUGGAGAAGGCCAUGGAGUUCCAUGAGACGCUCCAGAAUCUGCUCAAGUUCCUCACCAAGGCCGAGGACAAGUUUGGCCAUCUGGGACCCGUGGGCUCCGACAUUGAUGCCGUCAAGCGACAAAUUGAACAACUCAAAUCGUUCAAGGAUGAAGUCGAUCCGCAUAUGGUGGAAGUUGAAGCAUUAAACAGACAAGCUGUGGAACUGACGGAACGCACUUCACCCGAGCAAGCGGCAUCCAUACGGGAGCCCCUGUCGGUGGUCAAUCGUCGCUGGGAGGCUCUGCUGCGCGGCAUGGUCGACAGACAGAAGCAACUGGAGCACGCCCUGCUCCACCUGGGUCAAUUCCAGCACGCACUCAACGAGCUGCUGGUCUGGAUCGACAGGACAGACAGCACUUUGGAUCAGUUGAAGCCGAUACCCGGGGACCCACAACUGCUCGAGGUUGAGCUGGCUAAGCUGAAGGUGCUGGCCAACGAUAUACAGGCGCACCAGAACUCAGUGGACACGCUGAACGAUGCUGGACGGCAGCUGAUCGAGACGGAGAAGGGUUCCGUGGAGGCGUCGACUACGCAGGAGAAGCUUCGCAAGCUGAACAACGAAUGGAAGCAGUUGCUGCAGAAGGCCAGCGAUCGCCAGCACGAGCUGGAGGAGGCACUGAGAGAAGCGCACGGCUAUAUAUCCGAGGUCCAAGACAUCUUGGGAUGGCUGGGCGAUGUGGAUGCCGUGAUUGGAGCUAGCAAGCCAGUGGGCGGCCUCCCAGAGACGGCCACCGAGCAGUUGGAGCGCUUCAUGGAGGUGUACAACGAACUGGAUGAGAACAGGCCCAAGGUGGAGACGAUCCAGGCCCAGGGCCAGGAGUACAUCAAGCGCCAGAACCAGAUGAAGGUCUCCUCCAGCAAUCUGCAGCACACGCUACGCACGCUGAAGCAGCGCUGGGAUGCUGUCGUCUCGAGGGCAUCCGACAAAAAGAUCAAGCUGGAGAUUGCCCUCAAGGAGGCCACAGAGUUCCACGACACCCUGCAGGCGUUCGUCGAGUGGCUGACGCAGGCCGAGAAGCAGCUAUCGAAUGCCGAUGCUGUCUCUCGGGUUCUGGAAACGAUCCAGACACAGAUGGAGGAGCACAAGGUGCUGCAGAAGGACGUGAGCACACACCGUGAGGCGAUGCUGCUGCUGGACAAGAAGGGCACACAUCUCAAGUACUUCAGCCAGAAGCAGGACGUGAUCCUCAUCAAAAACCUGCUCGUCUCCGUCCAGCAUCGCUGGGAGCGCGUUGUCAGCAAAGCGGCGGAGCGCACCAGGGCCCUGGAUCAUGGCUACAAGGAGGCGCGUGAGUUCAACGAUGCCUGGAGCGGCAUGAUGCAGUAUCUGCAGGAGACCGAGCAGGUCCUAGACCAGAUCAUUGAGGAGGCCACCGCCUCCAAGGAGCCGCAAAAGAUCAAGAAGUACAUUGCCAAGCUGAAGGAGACCCAUCGCCAGCUGGCUGCCAAGCAGACGGUCUAUGACGGCACCAUGCGCACCGGCAAGAACCUCAUGGAGCGGGCGCCCAAAGGCGACCGGCCCGUGCUGGACAAGAUGCUGCUGGAGCUGAAGGAGCAGUGGACUCGCGUCUGGUCGAAGAGCAUCGAACGCCAGCGCAAGCUGGAGGAGGCCCUGCUGCUGUCGGGCCAGUUCAGCGAUGCUUUGGGCGAACUCUUCGAGUGGCUGAAGAAGGCCAAGAGUCGCCUCAACGAGAACGGACCCGUCCACGGCGACCUGGAGACGGUCCAGGGCCUGUGCGAGCACCACAAGCACAUUGAGCAGGAUCUGCAGAAGCGGGCCGCUCAGAUGCAGGGCGUGCUGAAGACCGGACGCGACCUGGAGCGAUCGGGCAACAAUCCCGAGGUGGGACGACAGCUGGAUGAGCUGCAGUCCAUUUGGGAGGAGGUGAAGAGUGCCGUCGGUAAACGCGGCGAGCGCCUUCAAGUGGCCCUGGUCGAUGCUGAGAAGCUGAAUGCCCGUGUUCAGGCUCUGUUCGACUGGCUGGAUCAUGCCGAGCACAAGCUGCGGUACGCCAAAAACGCCCCAGACGAUGAGAAGGUGUCGCGCGAGAUGAUGGACAUCCACGUGGAGUUCAUGAAGGAUUUGCGCGUGCGCGAAACCGAGAAGACGGAGACGUUUGAGUAUGCCGAGGACAUCAUUGGCAAGGCCUAUCCGGACGCCAUUCCCAUCAUCAAGAACUGGCUGUCGAUCAUUCAACAGCGCUGGGAGGAGGUCCGCCAGUGGGCCAUCAACCGCGAGUCCAAGCUGGGGCUGCACUUGCAAUCGCUCAAGGAUCUGGACGAUAACAUUGAGGAGCUGCUGGCAUGGCUAACAGGACUCGAGGGUACUCUGUUGAACCUGAAGCACGAACAGCUGCCGGACGAAAUUCCGCCGGUCGAGAAGCUCAUUGAGGACCAUAAGGAGUUCAUGGAGAACACGGCCCGCCGCCAGAAUGAGGUAGACCGCGCCUGCAAGCCGCGCCAGCUGCCACCCGGUGCUCGGAAGCCAUCCCGCAGCGGCAAGACGCCAGUCUUCAAGGGCUCUCGCGACCAGGGACUCAAUGCCCGCAAGGGAAGUCGUGUCACGCCCACACGUGACACGCCCGACAGAGAUCGCCUGCCGCACUACGGCCCCAGAUUCUCGCCAAGCUCCACUGGACCCGAACUUGAAUUCCGCUCGCCACGCGCCAAGCUUCUGUGGACCAAGUGGCGCGAUGUCUGGAUGCACUCAUGGGAGCGCCAGCGUCUGCUCAAUGAUCAUCUGCUGUAUCUGAAGGAUGUGGAGCGUGCCCGCAACUUUAGCUGGGACGAUUGGCGCAAGCGCUUCCUCAAGUACAUGAAUCACAAGAAGUCGCGCUUGACGGAUCUGUUCCGCAAAAUGGACAAGGACAACAAUGGCAUGAUACCACGCGAUGUCUUCAUCGACGGAAUACUCAACACGAAAUUCGACACAUCUGGUUUGGAAAUGAAGGCCGUGGCCGAUCUCUUCGAUCGCAAUGGCGAGGGCCUCAUUGACUGGCAAGAGUUCAUUGCCGCCCUGAGGCCCGACUGGCAAGAGCGCAAGCCUGCCAACGACUCGGACAAGAUACACGAUGAAGUCAAGCGCCUGGUCAUGCUCUGCACGUGCCGACAAAAGUUCCGUGUGUUCCAAGUGGGCGAGGGCAAGUACAGAUUUGGAGAUUCACAGAAAUUGCGCCUGGUUCGCAUCCUGCGCAGCACUGUUAUGGUGCGCGUGGGUGGCGGCUGGGUGGCCCUGGAUGAAUUCCUGACGAAGAACGAUCCUUGUCGCGCCAAGGGACGCACUAACAUUGAGCUGCGCGAACAAUUCAUAUUGGCCGAUGGCGUCUCGCAGAGCAUGGCCGCAUUCACGCCAAGACGUUCCACGCCCAAUGCAGCCGCCACUGCCACAUCCUCACCCAAUGCCCAAAAUGGCGGCAGCUCCAACUUGCCUCCAUAUAUGAGUGGACAGGGUCCCAUCAUUAAGGUUCGCGAGCGAUCCGUUCGCUCCAUUCCCAUGUCGCGGCCAUCGCGCUCGUCCCUCUCGGCCAGCACUCCCGACUCUCUGAGCGACAACGAGGGCAGCCACGGCGGACCCUCGGGACGGUACACACCGCGCAAGGUCACCUACACGAGCACACGCACAGGCCUCACGCCAGGAGGCUCUCGUGCCGGCUCCAAGCCCAACUCACGCCCGCUCAGCAGACAAGGAUCGAAGCCACCAUCGCGACAUGGCUCCACGCUGUCGCUGGAUAGCACGGACGAUCACACGCCCUCACGCAUUCCGCAACGUAAACCGUCAACGGCAAGUACCGCCAGCGGCACCACGCCACGCCCAGCGCGACUCUCGGUGACGACCACCACGCCAGGCAGUCGCCUGAACGGCUCCAGCACCAUCACCCGCAAAACCGCCUCCGGCUCGGCCAGUCCAGCACCCACAAGCAACGGAGGCAUGAGUAGAUCAUCCAGUAUACCAGCACUAACAGGCUUCGGCUUCAAACCAAUUAGGCGGAACAUCAGCGGAAGCUCGACACCGUCGGGUAUGCAGACACCGCGCAAGAGUUCGGCGGAGCCGACAUUCAGCUCGACCAUGCAUCGCACAGCGCGCGGUACCACACCGACGGAGAAGCGCGAACCGUUCCGGCUCUAGAAUGGAGAAAUGAGGAUAAAUAUGGAGACGAAGAAUGCCAAUAUUUAAACCAUACACACAACAAACAAACUUAUGUACUAACUACGCACUGAUGAUGUUCUAAACUGAAAAUCCCCUCCCCAAUAAUCGUGAGAUAGACUACAUUAGCAAUGAAUGUAGCACGGAACACACACACACAGCACAGAGUUCUGUAGAGACUAACAUUUAAGUGCCCCCCGAAAGGAGUUGAUGAGCGAGACAAUUUAUAGACGGUUAUACCACUUACGAGUAUAAUAUAUAUUUUGUAAAAGACACAUAAUAUGUAUGUAUGUAUGUAGAGGAGAUGUGUAAAACGCAGACAUACAUAUAGCUAGCACACAAAGUUGAUCAGAGAAGCAACCAACCUACUUACGAGUACUACUAAUACAAAUACUACACUACCUUUUGCUACUACUAAUUUGUAAUGUCCACUAGCCCCCUCCCUAUUCACUAGUUAUACAUGUUUCCAAAAUUAUAAUUUGUAUAUACUUAUAAACGAAACGACGAGAAAACAAGCGUAAAUUAAUAAAAAAUACACUCCAAGUGCUCCAAGGCAAGUAAAAGAAUUACAAAAAUUAAAUCUAAAAUAUUAAAAAAAAAAAAACAAAAAAUGAAUCGAAAAAUAUUUAGAAAAAAAUAAAAAAUAUUCGAAUGAAAUGUCGGAACCUCUGUGGCAAACCUUUCUGUGUCUAUGUGUCACCAUCGAAAUCGCCAGUUUGAUGGUCCACUAGCCAGCUAUAGGGGCGUGGCAGAGGUGGUACGGCCAAAAAAAUAACUAAAACGCAUUAAAGAGAAAAAAUUUGAUUUUGUUCUGUUAUUAAACUAAUA